GUAAAUGCUUGCAGGACUUUGCAAUGCCAACAGCAUCAUUUUGUGCAGCAUGUCAGUUCUCAUCGGUGUUGAAUUAGAAAAAUCCGUUCGGUCAUCACUGACCAAACAAAUAGCAAAGUAGCAACCAUGGGAGCACGGAAAAAGAAAACUUCCACUAAACCAAAAAAACCCACGACCGAACCGGUACCUCAAACGGCAAAACCAACGACUAAGACAGCAACAGGAAUAAACCGACCGCGACCGGAAUUUCGGCGAUUCGAAGAUGACGAAGCAUUACGAUAUGCUAUGGGCGAAGAGGAGGAGGACAUUUCGGACGACCUGUCGCAGGACAACACUAACCAAUCGAAACCCAACUUUUCCUUCCUCCCGUCACAUCAGCAUUCGAGUCCGCGCGGUGCUAAGCAAACGAAUGGGACUACCGGCACGGAGAACCGUAUUGCGAGCACGCCAAUCCUGCAGAACCUGGAAACCCCGUCGACAUCGUCGGCGUCCACGAGUUUGGAUAAGAGUUCCCAACCGUUGACAAAGGGCAAAUCGGGCCGCCGAAAGCAGGCAACUCCCCGAAAUUUGAAGCUCAUUAAGGAUAUUGUUCAUUUGCAAAGCACCGUGCACAAUCUGAUUCCAAAGAUGAGCUUCGGACGCCUCAUACGCGAAAUUUUGAUCGAAUAUUCCAAUUCACACCUGAAGGUUACGCGCGACAUGUUGGUGUGUUUGCAAGAGGCGGCCGAAAUAUACGUUGUCCAGGUAUUUGAAGAUGCCUAUCGUUGUACCCUCCACCGCGGACGAGUAACGCUCCUUCCAAAGGACAUGCAAUUAGUUUUAUUCAUACGAGGAGACAUGAAAUGACGCCGUUAACAGUAGGAACAGUUGUUG